AUGGCUACAAGAAAGAACUUCCAAUUUCUUGGAUCAAUGGAUAAAAAAACUAGCUCUGAUGAUCUCCUAUUUGAGUUUGAUGAAUCUGACAUAUGGGAAAACACUACUAAUGUUAUUUCUCAUCACUCUGAGUCCAAAAGGUUGAUACCUACUUCGCGUAUCUCAAAAAGAUCACCAUCACCACCACCAGCAAGAUCAUUGCCAAUCAACAUACCGGAUUGGUCAAAAAUCCUAGGUGAUAAGAAGAAGAAUGAUGAUAUUCGAGACAAGGAGGAAGUGGAUGCAGAUACUUGGAUUCCACCUCAUGAAUAUUUGGCUAAGAAAAGAGGGGCUUCAUUUUCAGUGCAUGAAGGUGUGGGGAGGACACUCAAAGGAAGGGAUUUGAGUAGGGUGAGGGAUACUAUUUGGAAACAAACAGGUUUUGAAGAUUAG